CAGUGUGAUAAAAAAAGAACUCAGGGCUCAAGAUUAAGUUACAUGAUAACCGGUAACUCCGAAUCCUUAGAUAAGUCACACUUUGAGCACUAUGUGAUAGUAACUAACAAAUCACAUCCAAGCCAGUUUGAAUCAAUGAGAUUUCUUGUAGAACUCAACCCUACAGCUGUCUUGGACUUUGACCCGGAAUCAACUAAACAUGGAUUACAGUGUCAUUUUAGCCAGCAAAGCACAGUCAGUGUCCAUUUACCUGCACAGUAUAAAAUCACAGAAGGAGUUGAAGACAUUGCAAACAAACUGAAGUUAACUCGAAACACCAACUGGAUAUGCUGCAAUGGAGGGGUUGAGAAUGAAAUGCCCUCAGACAUUGACCAGUGGCUUAUGGACAAAGGAGCCUCCAUUAGAGAUGUGAUUUCUUUCUUGUGUCGGAAAGAUGUGCUUCCAAACAAGAGAUUUCUGGUCAUUUUCUUGCUUUUGUCAACAGUGAGUGAGAAAAUGGAUCCCCUUGUUGAGACUUUCAGGACAUUCUGGCAGGAGCUCAGGGGCACAGAUCAAAUCCUCUGUUUAUGUGACAAUGAAAACACCUUUAACUCCUGGAGGGACCUAAUUGAGUCUCGGUGUGGAAUCGACAUCUCAGGUAGAUGCAUAUAUGAGCUCAGCUUUGCAGAAGUCAAUGGCACCGUUCUUAGUCUUUGGUCAAAGAACCGCAGAUCGAGUCGUUUCCUACCUUGUGGUGGGGGAAGCAAAGUGCUUUUAAGGAAGGAAGAUGAGCAAAGCCUGAAUACUUUAGAGAUCCUGUGCGUUAACCAAUGUGAAGGAGGAAAUGAGGACAAAAUUGUCAUUGAGGAGAACUUCUACAAAGGAGGUAAAGUGUCAUGGUGGAAUUUCUAUUUCUCAGAGCAGCCUGGAUCCAUGCCAUUUAUCAAACGAGACAAGUUAGACUACAUCAUGAACACCGUCAUACCAGACUUGUGCUCUCUAAGAAAAGCCUGUGUGUUGCUCAAUCUAAUGCAUGUACCUGGAUGUGGUGGGACAACUUUGGCUAUGCACACUCUAUGGGCUCACCGGGACAGAUUCCGCUGUGCUGUCCUCAGGAGCAGCAAUGCUAACUUUACUGAUGCAGCUCAUCAAGUGGUCAAACUUUUAAUGUAUGACCAUAAUGAGCAAGUACCAACUGUCCCUGUGUUGCUGAUGAUUGAUGACUUUGAUGAUAUGGAGAAAGUGUUUGACUUGCAGCAGUUCAUUGAAAAAGAAUGUGGACAGAAAAAAAUUCAGUCUAAGUCAGCACAGGUAAUUCUCCUGAACUGCAUGAGAUCAGAGUCCUCAGAAGUACCCGAGUCAACAGAUACUGUAUUCAUAGGAAAGAAUCUUUCAGAGAAGGAACAUAGAAUGUUUGAGGAAAACUUGUAG